AUGUUUUCGUUUUGCUUUUGCUUCGCAGAUAGAGAUAUUCUAAGCAUGAAAUGGAUGACACUGUCAGACCAGUUGGACGAUUCUUUUACUUCACCUGAUGAAAAAAUUGUUCCACUUAACCGACCAGACCGAGGUGGCACACUGACUAUUAAGAACGCUAAGCUUCGAGUGAAUCACUUUCCUGUCAGGUUCAAUCCUGAGGGUACCAUAAGACACUACGAUGUUGAAGUGAAGCCAGAGGAGGUCCAGAAAGAUGGCCGUGCCCUCAGGUUGUCGAAAUCGAAUCUCAGAAUGAUCAGGGACAAGUUAUUCAGCGAUGAUCCUCGUCAUUUCCCCUUGUCGAUGACUGCAUACGAUGGCGAGAAGAACAUCUUCAGUGCAGUUCCUCUGCCCACUGGACAUUUCAAGGUUGAACUUCCUGAUGGUGAGGAUAUCUGUCCUAGGGCUUACAUCUUCAGUAUCAAGCUUGUUAACGAGCUCAAGCUGUGUAGGUUGAAGGAUUACCUGACAGGUAAUCUCUUCUCCAUACCGCGGGAGGUAUUGCAAGGGAUGGACGUGGUGAUGAAGGAGAAUCCAGCUAGGUCUAUGAUCUCUGCAGGACGUACUUUCCAUUCGCGAAACAGUCAUCCUGAUGACGAACUUGGGCAUGGGAUCAGGGCUUCGAGGGGUUUCCAGAACAGCCUCAAGCCCACAUUUCAAGGUCUUACCAUGUGCUUGGACUACUCUGUGCUUGCAUUUCGCAAAAGGCUUCCAAUUCUAGAUUUUCUUAAAGAGCACAUCCAAGGGAUCAAUUUCAAUGACUUCAGAAGGUUUAGGAGAGAUGCUGAGAGAGCACUCAAGGGGCUGAAAGUUACUGUCACUCAUAGGAUCACUAAACAGAAGUUUACGGUAUCAGGAUUGACCAAGGAAAAUGCACGACGCUUGACGUUCUUAAUCGAAGACUUAGAUGCUGCUAAUGCUUCUUCUCCUACAGAGAUUGGUCUGGUUGAAUAUUUCUGGCACAAGUACCAGAAGGAUAUUGUGUACAAGGACAUUCCUUGCCUCGAACUAGGGAAGGGCGACAGGAAGAACUAUGUACCUAUGGAACUUUGUGUCCUGGUUGAGGGGCAGAUAUACCCUAAAGAGCAGUUGGAUAAAAAGGCCGCCAUUUUCUUGAAGAGGAUGUCUCUGGCAAGGCCAGAUGUCAGAGAGAGUACCAUAAACAAUAUGGUUCGAGGCAUAGAUGGACCUUGCAGUGGUGACAUUAUCAGCAAUUUUGGGAUGGAAGUCGACACCAACAUGACUUCAGUGGUUGGACGAGUAAUUGGUCCACCAGAGUUGAAGCUUUGCAACAAUAGUGGCGCUGCCAUUAGAGUACCAGUGGACAAGGAGAAAUGUCAAUGGAAUCUGGUCGGGAAAAGAGUGGUUGAUGGCAAAUCAAUUGAUCGGUGGGCCAUUGUUGAUUUUAGCGCAGCUGAUCGACAGAGGUUGAACCCGACACAAUUCAUCUCUAGUCUCAUUGCUCGCUGCAAGAAUCUCGGCAUGCCAAUGGCGGAUCCCCUCUUCUGUGAAGCUUCGAGCAUGCACAUGUUCUCGAACACUGACGCACUUCAUGAACUGCUUGAAAGCUUGAACGAUCAAGCUUACGAACUUUCUCAUGCUAGGUUGCAGAUUCUUGUGUGUGUGAUGUCGGGCAAGCAUCCUGGUUAUAAGAAUCUCAAGUGGAUUUGCGAGACCAGAGUUGGUCUGGUGACUCAAUGUUGCCUUGCUUAUCAUGCCAACGAGGGCAGUGAUCAAUAUCUUGCUAACCUUGCCCUCAAGAUCAAUGCAAAGUUGGGAGGCAGCAACACAGAGCUUUUCGACCGGUUCAGAUUCUUAGAAGGUGGGGGGAAAGUCAUGUUUGUAGGGGCUGAUGUGAAUCAUCCUGCUUCAAGAAACACUACAAGUCCAUCAAUAUCAGCCGUUGUUGCCACCAUGAAUUGGCCUGCUGCCAAUCGUUAUGCAGCACGUGUUCGUCCACAAUGCAAUCGCGUCGAAAAGAUUAUGAACUUUGGUGAUAUGUGCUUGGAGCUUGUCGAGAGCUAUGCUCGUAUCAACAAGGUGAAGCCACAGAAGAUCAUCAUCUUCCGAGAUGGGGUUAGUGAGGGACAAUUUGAGAUGGUUCUAAAUGAAGAAUUGUUGGACCUCAAAAGGGCAUUUCAUUCCAUCAAUUACAACCCUACUGUCACUGUGAUCAUAGCUCAGAAGCGGCAUCAUACACGGUUGUUCCCUGAGAGCCAGAGGGAUGGUGGGUUUACAGGCAAUGUGUCUCCAGGAACAGUUGUGGACACUAAGAUUGUUCAUCCAUCCGAGUUUGAUUUCUACCUCUGCAGCCACUACGGAAGCCUUGGAACGAGCAAGCCGACACACUACCAUGUCUUGUGGGACGAGCAUGGUUUCACCUCUGAUCAAUUGCAGAAGCUCACAUACAACUUGUGUUUCACAUUCGCUCGAUGCACCAAGCCCGUGUCUUUGGUGCCUCCAGUUUACUAUGCUGAUCUAGUUGCUUACAGGGGCAGGUUGUACUAUGAGGCUGUUGUGGAGGGCCACUCGCCUGCUUCUGUGGGAUCGACGAUUUCUUCGACGACAUCAUCUUCAACAUCGUCGUCGACAUCAUUAGAUGAUAGGUUCUACAGGUUGCAUGCUGACCUUGAGAAUGAUAUGUUUUUCAUCUAA